GGCAAAAAUAGAGAGUUUACAGAGCAAGCUCUCUCCUCUCCUGACUGGUUCACUCGCCUCAUCUAACUAACCAUCCUCGGGGAAACACACUUUUAAGCACGCACGCGCGCACACACACACACACACAUUGAAGCUCCGCUCAGCAGCAGCAGGGAGUGAACAGCCAGCUUGCGACUUAUCCCCGCCAUUCCCCGGUACAGUAACUUCCUCAGCAUCUCCCUGCCUCUGCAGAGAGAGAGAGAGAGAGAGAGAGCACCGCCCGACACCCCAACUGGAAACCGGCCCCACGGCUCUAUAGUAACGGACUGACCGACCACUAAAUCCCGGAGAAGGAAAGAGGACUAUCUAGUGCUCAACAUCCCGUCAUCGCCGGUAUAAUAUACUCCAGACUGCGGAUUUAAGCCGUCACAUUGGCCAGUUGUCCGUUUGGACGGAGAGAGAACUGGUAGUGCGCAGUGUGAGAACACAACAGAAACCACUUGACGCGGAAAAGUCCCGGGCACUUCCCGGUAUUUUAGGAAACAGAGGGAAGCGUCUCACCUUACCGAAAUACCGACGCCGGUAGCCUAAAACGGAGCCGGUCUGAGCAACAGCUACCACCGGCAAAAAUCAGUGAGGUUGCCAGGGUAACCCCCCCACCCAGCCAAUCAGCAGUCAUGGAUGAGAUGGAUCUGCCCCAGAUGAAGAAGGAGGUGGAGAGUCUGAAAUACCAACUGGCUUUCAAGAGAGAGAAGUCCUCCAAGACAGUCACUGACAUGGUGAAGUGGAUCGAGGAUGGGGUACCUGAGGACCCCUUCCUGAACCCUGAGCUCAUGAAGAACAACCCCUGGGUGGAAAAGGGAAAGUGUGUCCUGUUGUAAACGACUACCACCCCUGACCCUGCCAUGACCUCUGACCCCAGCCUGGUGGGGCAUGGCAGGACAGCACUCGCCCCCCCCUGCUAGUUUCAGCCACGUUGAUGCAUCACAGAUUACCUUUAAUAUUCAUGUUGAUGUUGAUAUGAAGUGUAUUUAUGCAGCUAGUCACUCACUCAGUCACUCACUCAGUCACUCAGUCACUCGCUCACUCACUCACUCAGUCAGUCAGUCACUCACUCACUCACUCAGUCAGUCACUCACUCACUCAGUCAGUCACUCACUCACUCAGUCACUCGCUCACUCACUCACUCAGUCACUCAGUCACUCAGUCAGUCAGUCAGUCAGUCAGCCAAUCAGUCAGUCAGUCAGUCAGCCAGUCAGUCAGUCAGUCAGUCAGCCAGUCAGCCAGCCAGUCAGUUAGCCAGUCAGCCAGUCAGCCAGUCAGCCAGUCAGCCAGCCAGUCAGUCAGCCAGUCAGUCAGCCAGCCAGCCAGUCAGCCAGCCAGCCAGUCAGUCAGUCAGUCAGCCAGUCAGCCAGUCAGCCAGUCAGUCAGCCAGCCAGUCAGUCAGUCAGCCAGCCAGUCAGUCAGCCAGUCAGCCAAUCAGUCAGCCAAUCAGUCAGCCAGUCAGUCAGCCAGCCAGUCAGUCAGUCAGUCAGUCAGCCAAUCAGUCAGUCAGUCAGUCAGCCAGUCAGUCAGUCAGCCAGUCAGCCAGCCAGUCAGUUAGCCAGUCAGCCAGUCAGUCAGUCAGUCAGCCAGUCUACACCAUUCUCUAGGUCCAUUAGAACAGAAUGUGUCCAUGUUGAACGUCCGUCACACACACACACACACACACAUGCACACACACGCACACACACGCACACACACACACACACACACACACACACACACACACACACACACACACACACACACACACACACACACCCUCCUCAAACAUCCUCCUCACACCAUAUUGACACACUGUACAGACGAGCCCCUUUAACUUAUUAAAUUAUUGAUGAUGCUUUGUUUUAUUUAUUGAUGUUUGUAUUGAUAAGCUCCUCCUCCUCCUGGUCAUGUUGUUGUCUAUCUCCCCCCCAACAACAACAACAACAACAGUACUGGCCCCUCCUUACCACAGAACCAUCUCUAUUGCCUUUUCCACGAGGAUGGAACCAUGAGAAUGGAACCAUGGGAAUGGAACCAUGAGGGUGGGACCAUGAGGGUGGGACCAUGAUGGUGGAACCAUGAGGAUGCAACCAUGCGAAUGGAACCAUGAGGGUGGAACCAUGAGGAUGGAACCAUGAGAAUGGAAAACCAUGGGAAUGGAACCAUGAGGAUGGAACCAUAAGAAUGGAACCAUGAGGGUGGAACCAUGGGAAUGGAAACAUGAGAAUGGAACCAUGAGGGUGGAAGCAUGAUGAGGGAACCAUGAGGAUGGAAGCAUGAUGAUGGAACCAUGAGGGUGGAACCAUGAUGAUGGAACCAUGAGGAUGGAACCAUGAGUUUGGAACCAUGAGGAUGGAACCAUGAGGAUGGAACCAUGAGAGUGGAACCAUGAUGAUGGAACCAUGAGGAUGGAACCAUGAUGAUGGAACCAUUAGGAGGAUGGAACCAUGAGAAUGGAACCAUGAGGAUGAAACCAUGAGAAUGGAACCAUGAGGAUGGAACCAUGAGGGUUGAACCAUGAGGAUGGAACCAUGAGGAUGAACCAUGAGGAUGGAACCAUGAGGAUGGAACCAUGAGAAUGGAACCAUGAGGAUGGAACCAUGAGGAUGGAACCAUGAGGAUGGAACCAUGAGGGUUGAACCAUGAGGAUGGAACCAUGAGGAUGAACCAUGAGGAUGGAACCAUGAGGAUGAACCAUGAGGAUGGAACCAUGAGGAUGGAACCAUGAGGAUGAACCAUGAGGCAGCCUGAGGUUAGAUCUUCAACACUACUGACCAUACACAAUCACUCUGGCCCCAGCAUGUGUGUUAAUGUGUGUUUUAACGUGUGUGUGUGUGUGUGUGUGUGUGUGUGUGUGUGUGUGUGUGUGUGUGUGUGUGUGUGUGUGUGUGUGUGUGUGUGUGUGUGUGUGUGUGUGUGUGUGUGUGUGUGUGUCUAAGAAACAA